AGGUGGCCAACUCGGGCAGCACUCGAUCAAAGCAAAAAAAAAAGAACUUGUCGUCUCACCAACACGCGCGGCUCCUGUGGCGAUCUCCGACGGUGUAAGCGCUGUUGUUAUUCUGUGUGUCUCCAUUCUUGUGUGAAGGGGAAAAUGGACGACGUCUCGUGCAAGACGGCUGUUAACACGCGGGAAACUUUGGCCGCGCGCCUGCCAAAGAAGAAGGCGGUCGCAACGCACGCGAACGCGUCUCUUCACCAGAAGGCGGAGACCACGUACGACACGACGUACACGGCGGCCCCGGCCGAGCGCGCCUCGGUAGCUGCGCACGCCUCUCAGAACCUCGCGGGCAGCUGUGAUCGAUCCUCGCAAGCGGACGCGGAGGCGACGUGGACGCCGGACGACGACACGGUCAGGCGACAGCAGAAAGAGGAUCAGCGACGCGGCUACAAGGUCGUCUCCUGCCCCUCAUCCGAAUGGGAGUCGACGUCGCACGCGGCGUCCCGUAACGUGCAGCCGGAGCAGCAGCUCGACUUCUACGCCACCACGCGCAAGGUGGAGCAGGUCGACGACGAUAAUCGAGGCGGCCUCGUGGGCAGAGUGCAGCGGUCACUGGAGAUUCGCACGAAGCGCGCCGAGGACGCCACGCUGCGGCCGGCAGCCCCGUCGUUCCCCAACACGCACCGGAGAAUUGUUCCGCCCAUUGUGGCGGUGGAGUUCCAUGGCGCGAAGCACAACUACCUGGACUUGGUUGAGUGCACGCAACUGAAGCCGCAUACCGAGGAACAGAUCGGGUUUUCUGCUGCCCCGCUCACGCGGUUGCCAGGUGAGACGCUCUCGCAAGACUUGAAGGUGCAGAGCAAGGUCAUUACGGAGAUGGGCACGUCACACGAGUUAUUCCGCGGCACGUCGAAAUGCUUAAGUGACACCCCAGUAGGCUACACCGGCUACGUGCCGAUGUCCGAGCGCAAUGCCGCUGCCAUCCACCACGGCGAUGACGCGCAGCGGUUGUUUGCCAAGUCGCACAUGACGCUGGCUGAGCACGGCGGAAACGUCGAUCUCCCGCCGUCCGCAUCGAACAUGGCGGCGCGGCGACGCAAAGGACGCAACGCGCCGUCACCGAAGGCGCUGGCCCCCAAGUCGACGGAGUCGAUCAACCGAACCGCGGAGGGCCGCGUGCUGCAGACGUCGCUCUACGGCACCCUCGAGCGGGAGCGGCAGAUGAACAUUCGCGAUGACGCACAGAGUCAAAACUACUUUUGA